AUGGAAAUAACAUGCAAUAACUUCAAGGAGAUUUAUCGUGACCUCGAAAAUGUGGUGAAGAAGGCCUCGUUUGUUGCUGUUGACGUCGAGUUUUUGGGCCUCGACCCGGAGGAUUCGACUCUAAAAUGCUCGCUUUUCGAUUCUCCCGCGGAUAGAUAUCGAAAGCAGCGGGCCUCUGUGCAGCGAUUCCCACCCAUUCAACUCGGCAUCGCAUUUUUUACAGCACACGACUCGGGCUUCAAAUACAAAGUCGAUGUCUACAAUGUGUUCCUCUUCAAAAAUGGCCUCUCCCGACACGAAUGUUCGUUCUCCGUUGCUUCAUUGGCGUUUCUCGAAUCACAUGGCUUCGAUUUUAACAAGUUGAUUUCGGAGGGUGUUUCUCAUCUGAAUUUGGAUGAGCAGAAGAAAGCGCUCGACGAAUUGACAUCAAAGAAUGACACGGCUCGGUACUUCUCGCAUGAAUUUCAAUCACUCUUCGAGCAUAUUCAAUCGAUUCUCCACUCAAAAUUGGCUAAAAUUCGACGCAAAACGACCGGGAGCGAGGGAGCAAGAGAUUUAAUCUGGGAAGAAUUUCACAUCCUCAUCGGUGAGACUGAGAUGAGCCCUCUUCACAACGCCUUUUUGCUCUACAAACUGUACGCAACGGUACCGGGGAUUCGACUGGAUAUCACUGGAAAUUUGCUCACUUGUUCUCCAGUCCGCCCAUCUCUUGACGAAGUAAAAGAAAAGAAGGCCGAUCUACUGAAAACAGCAGUGAAUGAAUUGGCCGGUGCAUCGGACAUUGUAAUGGCAAUUAUUGAGAAUCGGCUGCCAAUCAUCGGCCACAAUUGUCUCUUUGAUCUCCUUUACUUGUAUCAACAUUUUAUUGCAGAUUUGCCUGAUGACUACGAGAAAUUCAAAGAAGUUGCGACUGCCGUUUUCCCGAUUGUCAUCGACACAAAGAUCUUGGCGGAAGAAAGCAAAAAUCAAUUGUCCUGGCACGGAAUCGUCGACUUUCGUUUAGAGAAUUUGAGCUCAUUUUGCGAAAGUGAGGCCCCAAGUCGACUCGGCACUUUUCCAACAUUUGAGUAUUCACACGGAUUUUCGGUUACUGGAAGGACAUCGCGACGGAAUAAAUAUAAACGAACAACCUUUCACAAUGCGGCCUAUGAUGCUUUGGUGACCGGGCAAGCCUUUGUGAAAUUGGGUCAUCUCAUUGCUAAACCAAGUGGAAAUCCAAGCCCUCUCCCAUUUCGAACUCUUCUAUACACGGUUCGCCCAUUUGCGUGUCGGAUUCCUGUUCCACUUCUGUGCAUUCCAUACAUUAACUUACUUGGAAUGGAUCCACCUCCACGUUAUCCCGAAGAAAUUGUCCUUGAAGUGAUUGUUGAAGAGGGACUCGAUUCACUGCACAAAGAUUUGAGAGCUCAAUUUGGACGGUGGCGUUGUGAGGCAAAAAUCGAUGGUUUGAUGGUACGACUUGCCACCAACACUGAUACUACUUAUCGUCGCGUAUUCAACUUCUAUGCGUACCAUCCAUCAUUCCGUGUCGUCUCAUCAACAAACUCUUCUUCGACUACUUCACUAUCGGAUGGAUCGGAUACAGCUUCGUCUUGUUCUUCAACGACAAAUAUUUCCACACCAAAUAAGGAUUGUCAGAUAAGGCCUCGUUCCUACUCCGUCAGCUCGAACGAUUCGCAAGGCAGUAAAUCUCAAUAUGGUCUUCAGAAGAGGAGCGAUGAUGGCUCCACACUCUCUACUCAAGGAUCUCCAAUGCUUCGAUGGGUUCUCCACGCGGGUACGGCCAUCCUAUCCAGCCAAUUUCGCCCAUUUGCUGUCACUAACCCC